AUGAAGGUCAGAAGACAAGGUGCUGUGUUGGCGUUGGCGGCGACAAGUGCUUAUGCACAGGGCGGAUAUGGCGGUGCUGCUCCCAGCAAUAGCACUACCAGCUUGGUGCCCUCGAGUAGCCCUACAGCGACGCCCUCAACCUUCUACACGACGGUGACAUACGACGACUGCCCCAGCAUGUCUCCUGCUACUCUCAUCACCAUCACAGCUGGUGUAACAGUCACUUACUGCCCAGAGUGCGAGAUGAUGUCCUCAUCCGCCGCUCCAUCGCCCGGCCACACCACCGUCUACACCACCGUCUUCCAGUCUCUGUGCCCGACUGGUCUGGUCCCAGCUACCUACACGAUCACGGAGAGCUGCAGCGAGGCAACGCCUACCUGGACUCCUGGCCCAAGCCAUGUACCGCAAGACUUUACCGUCACGACCAAGGCUUGCACCGUCUGUGGCGAGUCCACUACUGCCGUCACUAUCACUGAGCCAUGUGGCUGCAAGGCUGAGCAUGGUACUCCUAUUGCCACACCCUCGAGUAAUGCGGGAUCGGGCUCGCCCGCUGGUAACACGCCUGCUGAGACCACGCCUGCUGGCGGCAGCGGCAGUGGCGGCUCAUCGCCUGCUGGGUCUGGCUCACCCGCCGCUGCUCCAUCAGGCGGCAGCUCGCCUGCUGAAUCUGGUUCUUCCCCCGCCGGCUCAUCGCCAGCUGGUUCGGGCUCGAGCGGCAGCACACCUGCCGGCUCAGGCUCGUCUCCCGCUGGAUCUUCUCCUGCCGGCUCGGGCUCCGCACCAGCCGGCAACGCAGUGCCAGGCUCAGGGACUCCAGGUGGUGCAGGCCGUCCCGCUAACGCUCCAGGCGCAUAUCCUGCUCCAGCUGCACCAGGCGCCGGCAGUAACGACAGUGCCCCAGCAGCACCAUUGGCCACUACCGCCAUUCAAUCUUGCCCGGGUCCAGCUUGCCAGACCGGUGGCUCGCCUAAGGGUGUAGCGGCAUCACCGGGUGCUGCCUCCAGCCUCAGCAGUUUUGGUCUGGUGGCGAUGACAUCCAUGGCUGUCAUCGUCUCUGCCUUGGCAUUCAUGCUCUAG